CUUCGUCAUUAUGAAUACGAACACAAGUAAAAGUUUAUCAAUAAUUAUAAUUAUGUUUGAAAACAUACGAAAUACUAAUCUAUUAAAAAGUUACCAAACGAAACAAAUAUAAAUAUCCACGAUGUAAAUGAUAAAUUGCAACAUGUUGUAAACAAACUAUUUAAGACUCUGAAAAUUACUAAAAAGUUUAUUCAUCCAUUAAAAAUACAGGCAUGUUUAAACCUGUAUUAUACCACAAGAAACGUAGCAGAAAGUAAUUGGGUUUCAUAUGAUCAUCUCAGUAAAACAGUUACAUAUAAUACAAUUGAUAAUAAACUUUACGAAUUGAUAACGGACGUUCUUCAUGAAAAUCACUCUAGAUCAAUUGCCGAUAUUUCUGAUUCAGGAGUUUCAGAAGACGGUAUUAGUAUUAAUUAAAUAUUAAUUAUAAUAAUUAUAAUAAUUUUAAAAAUACAAAAGGUGUUACAUAUCUUGGAAACUUUGAACAAAACAUUAAUGUCAUCAGAGACAAGAAUUAUCAACUUAAUAGAGGUGGAAAUUGAAAUAAGAUAUAUGAAGUAACUACCGAUAACGGUUGGAAAAAGUGAAACAUUCAUAAAGAGAAAUAACCUACCUAUUGUUUUACUAUAGAAAUAAUUAAUUUAUAAGAAAAAAAUACUUAAAAGUUUUUAUAUAUCCUGCAAAAUUAAUUUACCUAUUGCCUAUCUUGAUAUAUUUUUUUCUAUUUCAAAAUCAUUGCAUAUUAUUUCAUCCUCUUUGUUAAAUACCCAAUUUCGAAAAAGUAUUUAAAUGUCAAAUAUUUAUAUGUCCAAAGGUUGACAUUGGACAUAGUCUCAAAAAAAGAAUUCAAAAUGUCUUUAGUAGCAAUAAAAACUUAUGCGCUUGUGUCGCCGAUAUCUAAUGCUAGAACAAUAUAUGGAAGAUGCCGCACUGGCAACAGAGAUCUGGUUGGCUUUGGCAUUAACGGAUGCGCCAACUAUAAAGACGACGCUCACUUUCCUUUCCCCGCUGUAAGGUUUAAGGAGAACACUAGAGAUAUCUGUGCCCUUCGUGAAAAGGAAAGAGGUGACUGGAAACUGCUAUGUUGUGAAGAGAAAAAGGCAUUAUACCGCGCCUCGUUCUGCCAAACCUUCGCCGAAUUCCAACAUCCGACAGGAACGUGGAAGUUCGUCCUCGGAGGGGUGUUCUUCAUGACAUCGUUCGCGUUCUGGGCUGCGAUGUAUAACCACUAUUACGUCGCCGGUCCGCUACCAGUGUCCCUGUCGAAGGCGUCCCAAAAGGCCCAGCUGAGGAGAAUGUUUGAAAUCCGCGCCAAUCCGAUAGAUGGCAUAUCAUCCAAAUGGGACUAUGAUAACGAUAGAUGGAAGCAUUAAUACAAGUUUAUGGGGCAUGUGUGUACCUACGAAUAUAUAAGGCGUUCUUCGUGUUGGUGUUAUAAUAGUUAUUUAUAUAAUUUUCCGUCACAUAAUUCUUGUUUAUUUUGAAUAAAGUAACGUACGGAUA